AUGCAUACAGCCAACAAGGAUACCGGAGUUCUGGUGGUUUCUUCCAAGCAAGAGGCAGCUGUCGCUGUGGUGGAGCUGAAUCGCGCGAUCAAACGCAAUGCGUUAUCGCAGAGCUUGAUCAACGAGUUGCUGCAGACACUGCGCGAGUUAGAUCGCGAUGUGGAAGUACGAGCGAUUGUGCUUACGAGUACCGGCGAGUCCCCGUUCUCAGCUGGGGCGGACAUUCAAGAGCUAGCAAAGAUCUCCACUGCGGACGCGUAUCGCAUUGGAUGGCUAAAGGACCUCGAGGCUGGAUUUGCAACGCUGCGAACGCCAGUUAUCGCAGCAGUGCGAGGAUUCGCUUUCGGUGGGGGCUUUGAAGUCGCACUCAUGUGCGACAUGCUCUACGCUUCGGAGAAUGCUCGAUUCGGAUUCCCAGAGAUAAAGCUCGGCACCAUACCUGGGGCAGGAGGAACUCAAAGAUUGACGAAAGCCGUCGGAAAGCAGAAGGCCAUGGAGUUUAUCCUCACCGGUGAACCUGUGACGGCCCGCGAUAUGGAGCGAUACGGUAUCGUGAACAAGAUUGUUCCUGCCGAACAAGAUGUCGUCACCGAGGCAGUAAAACUCGCAACGCGCAUUGCGACCUUUUCAGCUCCUGCUAUUGGGUUAGCGAAGCAGGCCAUUAGAACUGCCGAAACAACGACAUUGGAAGCAGGUCUGGAACUUGAGCGUGCGUUGUAUUACAGCAGUUUCUCGCUUGCAGACUGUAAGGAAGGCAUUGCGGCCUUUCUAGAGAAGCGGACCCCAGGCUUCAUCCACGAAUAGCCCCGCUUUCGCGUGCUCUAAGAUAGUCAGUGCAAACUGUAUGCUCAAUUGAACUCGACCUGUAUAGAGAGCUAAGGAGCAUGAUGUUGUUUUAAAGUUGACGAGAUCACUCCGUGGGGCCAUGCAUACUUUAAACACGGUAACGUUGCACGUCAUCCUCCGCGGCCCCACAAGUGCCGACACAAUGAACCGUAUCCGAGCACAACUAUAAUUUAUAUGGAAAAG